UAUGACUUCCCUUGAGUUUUACGAUUAUCCAGCGUAUAAUAAUAAUAAAGACAAAACGAAGGAAUGGGGAACAGGUAAAGUUCCCCAGAAAGUGCCACUUUGGUCGGAAAAAUCUCCGACAUGGCAUAUGAGUGGCGAACCAAUCCAGCAGAAUUAUGACGUAACAAAUCUUCAUAGAAGUAAUGUUAGACCAAAUGAUGAACUAGUACCAAAACCGGAGAUAACGGAUUUAGGACAAGAGCAAAUUCUGAGGAAUUAUCCAUCCAAUCAUCCCUAUGCGUCUCACAUGUCUAGAGCUCAGGUCUUCCCAAAGUUUACACCUGCUCCCGAACACGAAACAUUAGGUUUUAAAGCUCGUUUAGAAACUCCUAGAGGUCCAGAAAUUCCUGCUAGUAACUUUAAGGUCGACGUUCACACAAAAAUCAAGGGCUUUCCAAGGAGGGAGGAGACGCAGGAAUAUCUUCCUGAUUCAAGGAGAACAGCUUUACACUGGCCCGAAGGACCAUUCGACCAGACGGUUAAAGGUUACCAAAAGCAAUCCGAUAUUUAUCCAACCCCUCCAACUCUACUUGUUCCUAAUAUGAAAGAGAGAUACAACGCAAAAUGUUUGACCGGGGAUAUGCAAGCUACUCCUAGAACGGCUAACGUCGGUAAAAAUAUUGAAAAACUCCAAUGGAAAACUACGUACGACCUUGAACAUUCAGGGGUUGGGCCGUCUAAUCCAAUGAAAUUAGAUAAUUUCGAAGAUUUAAGAAACCAAAGAAUAUUUGGUGUUAAUAGCUCUGAUUUACGGCCUAUAUCCGUACCAACAAUAGACCGUCCAAGACCCUUAGAGGGAAGGAUUAGUAGAUCAUUAACUCCUAAACCUAAUCCACAAAUCGGUUAUCGAAAAGCAGAAAUCGAUUCAAAUUAUACAAGAAAACCAACUUUAACCGAAAGAGAAGAAGAUCGAUUGUUAAAUGGUGGAAAAUAUAGAAAUUUACCUGUAAACGUUGUAAUUAAUGAAAAAGAGAGAAAUUUUCCAAGGAAAAGUCAAAAAACUGUCAGAUUGCGAAAUAAUCAAAUAGAGGACAAUGAUGAGGAACUGGACAAUAAUAGUGAAAAUGGUGAUAACGUUGAGGAAAGAGAAUUAAUCAAAUUGAGAUUGGAACAGCAUGAUAAUCAUCAGCAAAUGGAAGCGUCUAAUAGAUGGAAAGAUUUAGAAUUACAAACCCCUGCUCAUGAUGUUGGAAGUUUAAAUAGGAAAUAUGCAGGAGAAACUGAUAAGAAUCAUCCAAAAAUAUUCUACAAUCACGAAGGAACGUACCAGAAAGAGAGAGGCGCUCUCUAUCGCACAAGCUACGAACCAGAAAAGUUACAAGGGUUAAUGGAUGAUGUAAAAUCGAGCGAAAGAUUUACUGUCUUAAACUCCUACAAAGGGAGCUUAGAUCACCCAACGUCAAUGAAUGAUCAGAUGGGGGAAGCCGUAUGGAACAAUCGCACUUUAGGUAGUCCCGGGAGUGUUCCUCAAUUAAACGGUCAGCCAACACCGUAUGAAAUUUUCUCCCAGUUUAAAACCACUAGACAAAAACAACGCAAUGAAAUUACACCAAUAGUAGAUGAAUGUGAUAGAAGAACUCAAGAAGGGCAUUUAAUUUCUACUGAAUCGAGCUAUGGAAAUGAUUUUAAUACUGCAAAAUUCCUUCAAGAAAAGACUUUGCCAAGACAAAAUAGAAGAGAGCCAUACGUCUUAAUGUCGCUGGAAAAUAAAAAUAUGGAUAAUGUCCGAAAUAAUAUAUUAACUCGUGAAGGUUCCACAUCCAACAAGAAAGUUGUUACCUUCAAACAACCCGUUCAAAUCUAUACAUCCAGAUCGGAUGGAAGAAAUUAUUCGGCUAAUUUGCCCCUAGCAUUAAGCUCGAGAAAUAUGUUCUCGUCAAAAUCUAGCAAUUUGGUACCAACCAAUCUAAAGACUAGUUGGCAAAAUGCUUCUGCAUAUGAAAGCCAAUUUGGAAUGAAUACUGAGAGGCAACAAUACGAUCCAAGAUUUGAUUGGGAACCUGGAUCGGGAACACCACGACCCCAAUCAAGACUGUUACAAAUUCAAAAUUCCUUCUCAAAAACUGAUAGUAGGAAGGAAUUUCAUAGAAAAUUCCCAGAAACUAACCCAGAUUUAAGAGAAAAUAUUAUUUUUGGUAGAAAGCACGAUUUUUCCCCAAGUGGAAUUAACGCCCAGGUUUUAAGGGGUGCACAAGCGGUUUUCUAA